UACAAUGUAUGGAGGAGUGCGACGCAGUCGAAUGUUUUGUGACUCCAUAGGUAUGUUGAUAAAAAAUCGUGGAAAAAAGUGCGAAUUUGUGUAAAAAUGUUAUAAACCGUUACGAACAAAGUGUCUCCAGUGUAGUGUAUAAGUCUUUUUGUGUAAUAUGCCUGAAAUAAGUCGCCACUAGUUCGAAUAGUCCACAGGCUCGGCCUGGUCUACGUAUUCUCAAUUCCAAGUAUUGCUGUUUUCAAGAAUGGUGCAUCAUACAACUUAAAUUAUUUGAAAUCGAAGAAAAAUGGAUUUGAAGAGAUGGAGUCACUUUUACAUGAAAGUUUUGCUUUUGUUUGGCACCAGUGGAAUUGUUUUAGCCCAAAAAGAACCAAGAAUGUGUUCGCCAGGGUUGGAUUUUGCAGGGUACACGGUACCCCAAGGAGAUAUCGUAAUAGAAUACGGAAAUCCAUUAGAUAUAACUUGUGUCUUAUUUAAUAGUACUAAAAAUAAACUCAGCCCUAAUGCUAGUCUUUCUUUAUCUUUUACGAGAAACAAUGAAGUUGUUCCAUCCGAAAUGAUCGAAGUGAUAAACUCCACAGCCAUUAAAUUGCACAUUGAUAAACCACCGAAAGUUUCAAGUGAUACGUACUCUUGUAUUAGGCUCAAUGACAGUGCGGUUUGUAUGAAUUGUGUCACUGUUGGAACGAAACCUCAACCUGUCACCGAUUUCGAUUGCAUAAGCUACAAUUAUGACAAUCUUACAUGUACAUGGACCCCUCCUGAAAAUUACAUUAAAACAAAUUAUAAUUUAACAUUUACUCUAGGUGGCAGGGCUGCUCGGUUCCAUCACACCUGUCCUCAUAUUGAUUACAACGAAAAAACGAAACGCAUGAGCUGCAUGUGGAACGUCUCUACAACCCCUCAAUACCGCCAAGUCCAUGAAGAGAUCAAUUUUACUCUCACGAUGGAAAACAAAUUUGGAACAAAUCGACUAAAUAAACAUUUCCACCAUUUUGCGCACGUAUUGUCAGGCCCUCCUGAGAAUCUAACAGCUAUAAGUACAACGCCAUCUUCGAUUUAUCUCUAUUGGAUGGUUCCGCUUUCGAUGCGUACUUUUAGGCCGGGGGUGCACCACCGAAUUUUAUAUCAGUGUGAAUACUAUGAAAAGAAGUGGCAUUUCGGUGGCUUAAUUACGGCGAAUCCACAAAGAAAGGAAAUUUAUUUUAAUUUGACUAACCUAAAAUACGCACAUGCAUUGUGCGAUAUCCGGGUGUCGCUAAGGUCGGCGAGAGCUUUGCCCACUGACGAAUCGAUGUGGUCGAAUAAUGCCUCGAUUACAGUCUGGACUAGUAGUAAAAUACCAGACGAGCCACCAGAAACAAACGUCGGAAGUUUUGAAGUUGUGGCGUUUGGUAAUAGUUUGCAAAAUCGGGAGGCGUAUGUCUAUUGGAAGCAAAUCAAAGAGGAACAAAAAAAUGGACCCGAUUUUCAUUAUGGGAUUAGUGUGGUAGAAGAACCGUCAAUAAGACCGGUUGAAUUCACUAAUACAUAUGCUAAAUUCGAAAAUUUGUCUAUUUCGACUAGUUACACGUUUAAUAUUUGGUCGGAAAAUUCAAACGGGACGUCGGCCCGGAAAUCGACCGUUUUUAUACCGAAGCAAACAGACCGUAUUAAAGAACCGUGGAGUUUCACUAAAGUCGAGUUUGGCGAUGGUGUUUAUGAAUUAACUUGGGUGGCACCAAAAUUGUUGGAUCAUCAGUAUAUCACUAAUUACACGAUAUUUUCUUGUAGUAAUGAGAGAGAUAGGCCAUACCAAUGUAACGGCAUGCUAAAUUGGACUGUCGUCCCCAGUAACACGACUUCUAAAACUAUGAUCGUUGAAAAGAACAAAAUUUUUCAAUUUGCGAUUUCGGCAAACACGCAUAACGGUAGUAGCGGCAUGUUAUGGGCGUCUUGCACCGUUAUUCAUAACAAAAACAUGGGCAAAAUGAAAAAUGUUUGGAUAAAUAGUGUCGGUUCAACUUUCAUAGAAGUCGGAUGGAAAUUAGAUUGUGCAGAUCGUAUAGGAAGUGUCGAAGGUUACGUUGUUUAUUAUUGCCCGAUCAAAUCGCCAAUGCAUACAGAAUGUAAAGCUCCUCAAGCCAAUAUGACUUUUGACGGAACUUCAAUGCUUUCAAGUGGGAAUAUAACAGAUUUGAACCCUUACACGACGUAUAUGCUUACCGUUUCGGUGAAAACUAAACAUACGACCUUUAGCCAACAGAGCGAUCCUUUGUAUAACACCACACUUGAAGAUGCUCCUAGUACACCUCCGCGUGAUGUAACUAUACAAAAAGUUACAAAUUCGUCCAUUAGGGUUGCAUGGAAGCCACCACUAGCUCUCAACGGUAUUAUUCGAGAUUAUAUAGUUUAUUGUUGUGCAAAAGGUUCAUUGUGCGAGAAAAUUCCAGUGAAAACCGAAUUGAACUACACGAUAACCGACCUGAAAAGUUUCGAGAACUAUUCAAUAGAACUCGAGGCUUGUACUACAAAGUGUUCAGGGAAGUCGGAGAAAUUACAAGUGACGACAAGCAUGGGCUAUCCCAGCAAAAUACGUAAACCAACAGUCGAUUUACGUAACGAUACUUCCAUCACGAUUAUCUGGAGUGAGCCAGAAGAGCCGAGUGGGCGAAACGAUUAUUAUGUUGUCCAGUUUCGACAAAAACAUAAGAGCGAAAAUAAGACUUUCCAAUAUAAUACUACGAAGCGCAAAUUCGUUAUUGAAAAUUGCGGCGAUGGUGGCAAAUUUAAUGCAUUUUACAUAUCAGUUAAGGCUGUAAAUAAAAUAGGGAAUAGGAGUUAUGACGGCCCCUGGAGUGACGAACUCGAAAACUACUGUGAAACCCCAAUUAACUACAUAAUGUAUUUGCUUCUUAUUGUCGCAAUCGUUGCUGUAGUCUCUGUGGGAUUUUUCUCGACACGAUUAUACAAUCAUUGCAAAUUUAUGCGCGACGUCGAAGUGAAACUUCCUCCUGGUUUAGCUCCCGUCGUGGCCGACCACACUUUAGUCCCGUGGAGCACCGAGAAACGUCAAGAGACCGGCGAUUCGCACUCUCCUCCCGACGAAGAACUCCUCCUAGUGAAAAUGAGUGAAGGCAGACAUUUUAGUGGUGAUUCCAGUGGUUGCAGUUCAGGACACGAGAGUGUGACCUCGUCGCUUGAAUCGGGGACACACAUUUCCAGCAGUUCCGACUCGGGAACCGAACAACCAGCAGCUUACAGCGUGAUGGAAGCAACUUCCGACACUCCUUAUAUAUCGGUCACUGGUGACUCAAGUAAAGUCUAUAAGAGUGGGGGCUCUGAGGCAAGUUCGCCGUAUGUCAUGACAGGGGAUCCAGUCAAGACUAUCAACCCGGGGUAUAUACCCUUCAACCAGCCCCCGGAAUAUGGUGGGGUGUUAGAUUCGAAAGGCGACUCGCCUUAUAUUUCGGUCACUGCAACGGACGCGAACAAAAUCGAGUAUAAGCCGAGUAGUGACGUUUCAGAUGAGUCGUCGCCGUACGUCAUGACGGGGGAUGCGCCGAAAAUCAAUCCUGGUUAUAUACCGUUCAAUCAGACUGAACAGAUGAAAAAUGCAUAUGUACAUAUUACAUUUUAAGUUAAGUUAUGUAAAUAUUUACUGUUAGGAUCAGGCGGACUUGGUGGUCGAAACUGUGCCUUAACUAUGGACUGAAACAAACACUGAAUGUGUGUAGUUAUUUCUACCAACCAUAGACAACUUGCCAGGUGCUUUACGCAAUGCCAAUUAGUGAUAACGUAGAACUGAUUAUCGUUUUUUAUUAUUAUUGGCUUUAUACUUAAAUUUGGUGUUAACAUUUUGAAUGUUUAUGUUUGUGUCGCUCUUUAUUUAAAUUUCGAAACUAUUAGUGGUGAAGCAUUUUUAGUUUAACUUUAUUUUUGUAUGUAUGCCAUCUAAAUCAUUGUCAGAUCGAAAUUACUUUAUUUUACUAAUUACUUGACACAAUUAUUUGUUAAUAACUGCACAGAUUCAAUUUUAUGUGUUGUUUUUUUCGUGUUAUUUUAAAUAAACAUGAUUUUUCAUGAUUUUAUUUAUUUAUGUGUGGCAGCAAUUUUUAUUUGUUCCUAACGUGUUGAAUAAUUGUGGCCUUUACUUGCCGUUUGUUUUUUUUAUUGGAAUUGGUUAUGUCAACGUGUGUUGUCCCUGGAAUGCAUUUCAAUUUGACUGCGUUGCAAUCAAAUUAAGAGAGAUUUAUUAACUCCAGAUCGUGUCAGGCCUAUAUUGUAUAUACACCCACGUCAAUUGUUUUUAUCACUUGUAAAUUAUCGUAAUUUUGUCUGAUGAAGAUUUGUUGCGAUUUUUAGUAAAUGUUACGUUGUGUCAUGAAUGAAUGUCUUGAAUUGUACCUUUAUUAUAUUAUUCAUAUUAUGUCAUUGUUCCUUUUCCAUUAUCACAUUUACUCAAAUAUAUAUUUAUCAAACA